CCACAUUAUUCUGUCACUACUCCUGCGAUACAUUGCGCAAACCUCUGCCGCCACACGAACACGUCCCAAACGCGUCCACGCCAUCGCAUUCGACACGCCGACAUAUCGAAAAACGGCACAUAAUCGACCGCGCCAUUGUCGUCACAUCACUCACCCAAUUAUACGCGGCGAGUAGCCCAAACAGGCAAUAUGCCGCGGAAGGCCGCUGCGAAGAAGGAGGAGCCUUCGUCGGAUGAGGCGUCGGCGCAUUCAGAUGUCGAGAUGCAGGACCAGCCAGACGACACAAUGAGCGGCUUCAAGAAGUUUGGCGCGCAGUACAACGUCGAUACCCCAGACUACACAGAUUCCGACACCAACCCCAACACCACAGCAAACAGUGUCGCAGGGGACAACGCGCCACUCGACGGGCGAAAGCGACGCGCCGAAGAGAUGAACAUGCGAAAGAGCAUGUACGGCAAGAAGGCUGAGGGUCUAAGGGCGUCCAAGGAAGACGACACCAUUCGCCGCUUUCGAUACCUCCUCGGUCUCACUGACCUGUUCCGCCACUUCAUCGACACGAACCCCAACCCGCGCAUCAAGGAGAUUCUCGCCGAGAUCGACCGCCAGGAUGCCGAAGAGACCAAGCGAUCCAAGGCAAGCAAGAUACGGAAAGGCGGCGCCGCUGCGGAACGACGCAGAAAGACUGAGCAGGAGGAGGAUGCCGAGCUGGUGCGUGAGGAGAAGCACGGUGGACACAACGAGACUGUUUUCAGGGAGUCGCCGGGCUUCAUCAAGGGCGGCACCAUGCGAGACUACCAGGUCGCUGGUCUCAAUUGGCUCAUCUCCCUACAUGAGAACGGUAUCUCUGGUAUCCUCGCCGAUGAGAUGGGUCUUGGAAAGACUCUCCAGACCAUCUCUUUCGUCGGCUACCUACGCUACAUUGCCGGCAUCCACGGUCCCCACUUGGUCGCAGUGCCCAAGUCGACCCUCGAUAACUGGAAGCGCGAAUUCGCCAAGUGGUGCCCCGAGGUCAACGUCUUGGUCCUCCAGGGUGAUAAGGAUGCUCGUGCCGAGCUCAUCAAGGAGCGCCUGGUGCCUGACGGUUUCGAUGUCUGUAUUACGUCCUACGAGAUGAUCUUGCGCGAGAAGUCGCACUUGAAGAAGUUCGCAUGGGAAUACAUCAUCAUCGAUGAAGCACAUCGUAUCAAGAAUGAAGAGUCGUCCUUAGCACAGAUGGUUCGCAUGUUCAACUCUCGAAGCCGACUGCUCAUCACCGGUACCCCUCUCCAGAACAACCUCCACGAGCUCUGGGCUCUACUCAACUUCCUCCUCCCUGACGUCUUCGGAGACUCCGCCGCUUUUGACGACUGGUUCUCGCAGCAGAACGCCGACUCCGACGCCGUCGUCAAACAACUACACAAGGUCCUCCGACCCUUCCUGCUCCGACGUGUCAAGGCCGAUGUCGAGAAGUCGCUGUUGCCCAAGAAAGAGAUCAACCUAUACGUUGGCAUGUCUGACAUGCAAGUACAGUGGUACAAGAAGAUUCUCGAAAAGGACAUUGACGCUGUGAACGGCGGUGCUGGCAACAAGGAAUCCAAGACUCGCCUCCUCAACAUCGUCAUGCAGCUGCGCAAAUGUUGCAACCACCCAUACCUCUUCGAAGGCGCCGAGCCUGGUCCGCCAUACACUACCGACGAACAUCUCGUUACCAAUGCUGCCAAGAUGGUCAUGCUGGACAAGCUGCUCAAGCGUAUGAAGGCACAGGGCAGUAGAGUGCUCAUCUUCUCACAGAUGAGUCGUGUUCUGGACAUUAUGGAGGACUACUCAGUCAUGCGCGAUUACAAAUACUGCCGUAUCGACGGUUCGACCGCCCAUGAGGACCGUAUUCAGGCCAUCGACGACUACAACAAGGAAGGCUCGGAGAAGUUCCUGUUUCUUCUGACCACCCGCGCUGGUGGAUUGGGCAUUAAUCUGACUUCUGCUGACAUUGUCGUCCUUUUCGACAGUGAUUGGAAUCCACAAGCUGAUCUUCAAGCCAUGGACCGUGCUCAUCGUAUCGGUCAGACUAAGCAGGUCUACGUCUUCCGUUUCGUUACCGAGAUGGCUAUCGAGGAGAAGGUGCUUGAGCGUGCUGCACAGAAGCUGCGUCUCGACCAGCUAGUCAUCCAGCAGGGUCGUUCGCAACAACCUGUCAAGAACGCCGCUUCCAAGGACGAACUUCUGACCAUGAUUCAGCACGGAGCCGAGAAAGUAUUCGCAAGCAAGGGACCCGUCGGUCCAGCCGCCGAUGGCGAACUCGCCGACGACGACUUCGAAGCUGUCAUGCGCCGUGGUGAAGAAAUGACAGAGAAGCUCAACAAGAGGUACGAGACUCUUGGUCUUGACGACCUUCAGAAGUUCACCUCGGACUCAACAUACGAGUGGAACGGCGAGACUUUCCAGCCACGUAAGAAGGAGAUCGGCAUAUCCUGGAUCAAUCCCUCGAAGCGCGAACGCAAGGAGCAAAACUACGGCAUUGACUCAUAUUAUCGAAAGACGCUCGUCACUGGUGGACGAACCGAGAACAAGCAGCCUAGGAUACCUCGCGCGCCCAAGCAAAUAACCAUUCACGACUACCAGUUCUUCCCUGAUCGACUAGCGGUUCUUCAAGAUAAAGAGACAGCAUGGUACCGCAAGGAGAACAACCUGAAAGCUCCUCUCCCAGAUGGUCCGGAUGAAGACCUCGAAGCGCGAGAAGCCGACCAACAACUUGCGCAGCAGGAGAUUGAUGAUGCAGAGCCGCUGACGGAAGAGGAGAAGGCCGAGAAGGAACGCUUGAUCGAACAAGGAUUCCCUGAAUGGAACAAGCGUGACUUCCAGCAGUUUCUGAACGGCAGUGCCAAAUACGGUCGUCAAAACUACGAAGGCAUCUCGGAGGAAGUUGACGGCAAAGACGCCGACGAGAUCAAGGCCUACGCUAAAGUCUUUUGGAAAAAGUACAAGACACUCGACAACUGGCAGAAACAUCUCGGCGUCAUCGAAGAGGGGGAACUGCGUGUACGACAGUCGGAAGAGAAGAAACGGCUCAUUGCAAAGAAGAUUGGCAUGUACCGCAUGCCACUCCAGCAGAUGCAAAUCAAGUACACCGUCUCGACUACCAACAAGAAGGUGUACACCGAGGAAGAAGACAAGUUCCUCGUCGUCAUGCUGCACAAGCAUGGUGUUGAGGGCGAGUUUAUCUACGAGAAGAUUCGCGAUGAGAUUCGCGAGAGUCCGUUGUUUCGCUUCGACUGGUUCUUCCUCUCGCGCACACCGCAGGAGAUUGGGAGGCGAUGCACGACGCUCAUCUCGGCCAUUGUGAGGGAGCUCGGUGAGGGCGAUGUCAAGAAUAAAAAUGGCAAGAGAGGAUAUGAGGACGAGGAGACGGAGGAGGAAGAGGAGGUUGAGCAGCCAAAGGGGAAGAAGGCGAAGAAUGGGGUCAAGAACAAGCAACUCGAUACAGUGAAAGCCAAGGCCUCCCCGGCGAGUGCGACACCGAGUAGGGCGAGCAGUGUUGCUACGAAUGGUUCGGCGACCAAGGGCAAAGGCAAGGGCAAGAAGAAGUAGUGUUGUUUUGGCAUGAAGUGGGUGUGGGAAGGGAAUCGGGGCAUGUUGAUGUGUGUGUUUUUUUGUUUUUGUUCUGGCGUUAUCAAGAAUGGGGCAAAGCGCCCGCUUGAUGCUUUCUUGUAUACUAAGUGUGCUAAGCUUCAGACUACUUCGUCGGUAGAGACGGGGAUGGGAUGGUGUCGUGUGUUAGCGUUGCAUGUGUAGAUUUUUUUUUAAAAGAUGAAUCAAUCGUCUGGUUUAUGGU